AUGUCUUCGUUUCUCUCAUCUCUCCUCCUCAUUUUCAUUUUCAUUUUCACAUCUCAGCUCACCAUAGCUAAAUCAUUCCAAUACUUUUGUGAUAACAACAAAGGUAACUACACAAACAACAGCAUCUACCACACAAACCUCAAAACCCUUCUAUCAACUCUCACUUCCAACACACAAAUCAACUACGGUUACUACAAUUUCUCAAACGGCCAAAACACAAACAAAGUAUACGCUGUUGGUCUCUGCAGAGGAGAUAUCAAACUCAAUGAUUGUCAAAAUUGUCUCAAAAAAUCAAGCGAUCUUCUAACACAAAAUUGUGAAAACCAAAAAGAAGCAAUCGGUUGGUACGAUGAUGAUAAAUGCAUGUUGCGUUACUCGAACCGUUCAAUCUUUGGGUUAAUGGAAAUUGGACCUGCUUAUUUUGGAUGGAAUUUGAAAAACGCAACAAAUGAAGACGAGUUUAAUGAAAAAGUGAAGAAAUUGUUGGAUGGUUUAAGAAACAAAGCUUCGUCAGGGGACAGUGACCUUAAAUAUGCUGUUGGAAGUGACAAGAUUGGUCCAAAUAAUAAUGAAACAUUAUAUGGUCUUGUUCAAUGCACACCUGAUUUGUCUAAAACAUCUUGUGAUGAUUGUUUGGUUCAAUCUAUCAAAGAAAUUCCAAAUUGUUGUAACAAUAAGAUUGGCGGUAGAAUUGUUAGACCUAGUUGUUACUUGAGAUAUGAAACCAAUUCACUUUUUUAUCAAACAACAAUAUCAGAUUCACCAUCACCAUCUUCAUCACCAUCGUUGUCACCAUCGUCCUUGCCAUUUUCAUCACCAUCAUUGUCGCCAUCGUUCUUACCAUCACCAUCACCAUCUUCAUCACCAUCGUUGUCACCAUCGUCCUUGCCAUCACCAUCACCACCAUCACUGGUGCCACCACUCUCAGCUCCUCCUCCGUUUGCACAAAACAAUACAUCACCUCAACCUCAAGAUAAGGGCAAUACGUCAAGAAAUGUCGUUCCGUUGAUGUUGUUUUUAUUGUGUUCAAUGAUAUCAUCUUUUUGA